GUUACAUGUCCGUCCUACAUCCAUUCUUUCCUUCCUCGUUCUCUGUGCUCGGGGGUUCUGUUUUCCGGUGGUCUAAGGGUCUGCGAUGAGCCAGUCGUCAACGGUGUUCUAUUCGAUUCUCCUCUUGGACGUACAAUUCAAGCACUUUUUGUGCACGAAGUGAUCUUAUCCGGAAUUGGAUUCGGUAUUCCACUCCAAUUUGGCUCUUGUCGCCGACUUUCGAGUCGAUGUGCAGUUGCUUCUACGCCAUUUAGGUAGGUGACUGUCGUCAAGAUCACCGCAUCUCCUCGGGAUCACGUCACCUCUGUGGGUAAACCUCUUGAUCCCAAGUCCUUUCUGUAAGGGCGAUUUUGUAUAAAUAUUGGCCCAUUUGUACUCUCGAAACACCAGGACCAGACCACAGUCGAUCCAAUCACCAGCAGAUCUCCUCUCGAUCCCUCAAGAGUCAACAAACAUGCAGUACUCUCGCCUCAUCGCUUUCUUCAUCACCCUCUUCACCUUUGGCCUCUUGGUCAGCGGCGCCCCUGUUGAGGAGCGUGAGGUGGACAAGCGCGACGUCAGCGCCCAGGUGCUCUCGACUGUCCAGAACCUGCAGACCCAGGUUGCCGCUGUCGUCAGCCAGCUUUCCGCCCUCGACCCCGCCACUGCUACCCUCGCCGAUGUUGAGCCCCUCGUCGGCCAGGUCGAGAGUCUCGUUUCCGGUACCACCCUUGGCCUGUCUCUCUUGAACGUUCUCAAGCGUGAUGAGAUUGAUGCCCGUCAGCUCGGUGACAUCACCUCCACCAUUGCCUCCGUCCUCAGCGACCUCAUCUCUACUGUGACUGGUGCUCUUAGCGGCUUGACCGGCAUUGCCGGUGUCACUGGCGCGGCUAGUGGCCUGAGCAAUCCUCUCUCCAACAUCCUCACGGUCGUUGAGGGCCUCGUCCCUGGUGUUCUUACCCUCGUUACCGGCCUUCUUACCACCGUCCUCGGCCUCCUUGGCACCCUUGGUCUUACUGGCCUCCUCGGGAUCCUUGCCCUCUAAAUUUCCUUUCCUUCAGUUUGAGAAGUCGACUGUGCUCGUUCUCUAAUCUACACAGGCUCUAUCAUCAAGCUCGAUCCUGGCUAUGUAGAUACAGCUUAGUAGUGCCUCUAAAUGCA